GUGGGGGCCCAGUGCGGAAAUAUCCCGAAAUGGCGUGACUAAUGUGGUAGGAUUUUCUUUCCUUCGACCAUUGGUCAUUGUUGGUGUUGUAGUUAUUAUUCAUCCCGAUAAUGGAAACAGAAUCCUCCUCUUGUGUUCCUGGAGGAGCGAGAUAAGGGACUUGUUACGCUCAGGAGUGGUUGCCACUACGGUUUCAACACCGGCUGGAUCAGGGAUAUAUAAACCAGGUAUCUGCAGAGCGGAAACUAGCCCGAUUUUUCGAUCAACUUGUUUUUAGUUGCGCAGGUCUCACUUCCACCCUGCAAAAAUGGGAUAUCAGGAAUCAAACACGACUCCCGCGCAGGAAGAAUCCGGGGAGCAGCAAAAUGAGCGCUUGCGCGAUGCCAAUGAGCGCCCCGAGUGCUUUUCAAGUACUUUCCAAGAAUGCUUGUUUGUGUUAAGUGCGACAAUGGCCAUAGGGCAGAGCUCGUUUUUUCAGGGUCUAGUCAUUGUGGUCACGGCAUCCAUAGGAAAUGACCUCAACAUGAACUCAGCUGAAAUUACCUGGAUCACUGCUGGCAUUUCACUCAGUAGCGGUGCAUUUCUGCUAGCCUUUGGCAAGGUCGCUGACAUGUUCGGUCGUCGGAUAAUGUUCAUCACCAGUAUGGCCGGGUUCACUAUUUCUCUCGUGAUUGCAGGAUUCGCCAACUCCGCUAUCUAUAUGGAUGUCUUUUCAGGAAUUAUGGGAAUAUUUUGUGCUUCUGUGGUACCUCCUGCUGUAGGUUCGCUAGGGGUCGUUUAUGAAAAGCCAUCCAAGCGCAAAAAUCGGGCCUUUGCAUGCUUCAGUGCCGGCAACCCUCUAGGUUUUGUCGGGGGCAUGGUUGUCUCUGGCAUUGCCUCCCAGGUCGCGAAUUGGAGAGUAGCCUUUUGGGCUCUAGCUGUCAUAUAUGCCAUCUUCACUAUCCUCACCAUCUGGACGGUACCCCCCGAUCCUCCUGGAAGGAAGGUCCCUUUGAAUUGGCUGUCCAUGAAAAAACUAGACCCCAUUGGCAUGUUGCUUGCUGUUUCUGGAAUUGCCCUUUUUUCCACUUCCCUAUCGAUCGCUGGAGAUGCACCUCGUGGUUGGCAAACGCCAUAUGUCAUCGUCCUGCUAGUUUUGGGAGUAGUAAUAAUCGGGGCGUUUCUCUUCUGGCAGUCCAUCUACUCGACUCCUUUAAUGCCGCUGCAUGUGUGGAAGGAUCGCAACUUUUCUCUAUUGAUUGGGUGUCUGUCCCUUGGCUUCAUGGCUUUUGUUGGCGGCCAAUUCUGGCUUGCCUUAUACAUGCAGCAGGUUCAGAAAUUAAAACCGUUAUUAAUCACCGCUCACCUGAUGCCCAUGGUUGUCAAUGGGAUCCUUGUUAACAUCAUCUGCGGUCUUAUUUUACACAAGGUUAGCAACAAGCUUCUGAUGUUGAUCGGGGCAACAGCAUACUUUGUGGCUUUCCUCACUAUGAGUUUUAUGAAAGACGAUAGCAUCUACUGGGGAUUCUACUUUGUCCCGCUGCUCUUGAUGGUCGUCGGUGCCGACAUUGAAUUUAAUGUGGUAAACAUGUAUGUCAUGUCAAGUCUUCCACCUUCCGAUCAGUCACUAGCAGGAGGCAUCUUCAACACCGUAUCCAAGAUAUGUGGUAAUAUCAGUCUUGGUAUCACUACUGCCGUUUAUAAUUCUGUUCGCAAUGAGGGAUCAUUAACCCCGAUCAAGCCGUAUCUAGCAACGUAUUGGUUUGCUGCUGCCUCAGCCGGUCUGGGCGUCUUAUUAGUACCCUUCCUAAAGCUGGGAACCCAAGGUGGUGGUGAAAAAACCGCGUCAUCUGAUGGAGAGACACUUAACGACGGUCAUGCUGAGGUGGAGACGAAGGGAUAGUUUGGCCAUUUGACAACAACUACAUAUUUUCAACUGUUAUCUUCUUUCAUACAUUCAUGAUGGGAUGUGGAAAUCAUCUGGACAUAGGUUAACAUUUUAGAGGCAAAAGGUAUAUAGGCAUAAUAGACAUAUUAUAACAGGUC